CGGCGACGUAGCGCGGCGCUCGGAACUGACCUACUACACAUGCACCAUCUCUCGCUCGGCCCACGGCGCCCGCCAGCGACCGCCGGCGCGCCCCGACCGCCUCCCGCGCGCGCCCUCGCCGCCCCCGCCUCCGCGCCCGAGGCCCGGCCGGCCCGAGCCCCCGAGCGCCGCGCCGACUGGCGGCCGCCCCUUUCUUUCUCCUCGCCGGCCCGAGAGCAGGAACACGAUAACCACGGAGGCCCAGCUUCAUUCAAUAAGGAGCCUGAAGGAUUUAUCCCAGACAGUAGAACAAAAGGAAGAAUAUUGAUGGAUUUUAAACCAGAGUUUUUAAAGAGCUUGAGAAUACGGGGAAAUUAAUUUGUUCUCCUACACGCAUCUAUAGGGGAAGGUUGUUUCUGAUGCAGCUGAGAAAAAUGCAGACCAUCAAAAAGGAGCAGGCAUCUCUUGAUGCCAGUAGCAAUGUGGACAAGAUGAUGGUCCUUAAUUCUGCUUUAACGGAAGUGUCUGAAGACUCCACAACAGGUGAGGAGCUGCUUCUCAGUGAAGGAAGUGUGGGGAAAAACAAAUCUUCUGCGUGUCGGAGGAAACGGGAGUUCAUUCCCGAUGAAAAGAAAGAUGCUAUGUACUGGGAAAAAAGGCGGAAAAAUAAUGAAGCUGCCAAAAGAUCUCGUGAGAAGCGUCGACUGAAUGACCUGGUUUUAGAGAACAAACUAAUUGCACUGGGAGAAGAAAACGCCACUUUAAAAGCUGAGCUGCUUUCACUAAAAUUAAAGUUUGGUUUAAUUAGCUCCACAGCAUAUGCUCAAGAGAUUCAGAAACUCAGUAAUUCUACAGCUGUGUACUUUCAAGAUUACCAGACUUCCAAAUCCAGUGUGAGCUCAUUUGUGGACGAGCACGAACCCUCGAUGGUGGCGAGCAGUUGUAUUUCUGUCAUUAAACACUCUCCACAAAGCUCGUUGUCCGAUGUUUCCGAAGUGUCCUCGGUAGAGCACACGCAGGAGAGCUCCGUGCAGGGAAGCUGCAGAAGUCCUGAAAACAAGUUCCAGAUUAUCAAGCAAGAGCCGAUGGAAUUAGAGAGCUACACAAGGGAGACGAGAGAUGACCGAGGCUCUUACACAGCAUCCAUCUAUCAAAACUAUAUGGGGAAUUCUUUUUCUGGAUACUCACACUCUCCCCCACUACUGCAAGUCAACCGAUCCUCCAGCAACUCCCCGAGAACGUCGGAAACCGACGAUGGUGUGGUAGGAAAGUCAUCUGAUGGCGAAGAUGAGCAACAGGUCCCCAAGGGCCCCAUCCAUUCUCCAGUCGAACUCAAGCACGUGCAUGCAGCGGUGGUUAAAGUUCCAGAAGUGAAUUCCUCUGCCUUGCCACACAAGCUCCGGAUCAAAGCUAAAGCCAUGCAGAUCAAAGUAGAAGCCUUUGAUAAUGAAUUUGAGGCCACGCAAAAACUUUCCUCCCCUAUUGACAUGACAUCGAAAAGACAUUUUGAACUCGAAAAGCAUAGUGCCCCAAGUAUGGUACAUUCUUCUCUUACUCCUUUCUCAGUGCAAGUGACUAACAUUCAAGAUUGGUCUCUCAAAUCGGAGCACUGGCAUCAAAAAGAACUGAGUGGCAAAACUCAGAAUAGUUUCAAAACUGGAGUUGUUGAAAUGAAAGACAGUGGCUACAAAGUUUCUGGCCCAGAGAAUUUGUAUUUGAAGCAGGGGAUAGCAAACUUAUCUGCAGAAGUUGUCUCUCUGAAGAGACUUAUAGCCACACAACCAAUCUCUGCUUCAGACUCUGGGUAAAUUACUACUGAGUAAGAGCUGGGCAUUUAGAAAGAUGUCAUUUGCAAUAGAGCAGUCCGUUUUGUAUUAUGCUGAAUUUUCACUGGACCUGUGAUGUCAUUUCACUGUGAUGUGCACAUGUUGUCUGUUUGGUGUCUUUUUGUGCACAGAUGAUGAUGAAGAUUAGAUUGUGUUAUCACUCUGCCUGUGUAUAGUCUAAUAGUCCAUGCAAAGGCUGUAUAUAUUGAACAUUAUUUUUGUUGUUCUAUUAUAAAGUGUGUAAGUUACCAGUUUCAAUAAAGGAUUGGUGACAAACACAGAA